GACAACCACUUUUCAUUCUUUAUCUCUCUUUACAGACCCACACCUCUCCUAGCUUCUUACAACUUACCGGAUACCAGAGGAAUAGCGAAGUCAUUGCAACGAUUGCGCAACGGCAAUUCGUGUAUAUCAAAUCAGAGCAGAAUGCCAAUUUCGACCAGAACAUCUACCACGCUUCUUGAUCCGGCAGCACAGCCCGAUAACUCCGGUAAUGCUCAACAAGAUGUACUCCCAGGCUAUGAGAACACGCCCGACUACUCUGCAGAGACCUACCACCAACCCCUCGUGACAUACCACCUCCGCGCAACCAAGACCAACACAUCACACCUCGUGCCCUUCGAACCCACAGCCAGCAAGUCCCAUCCAUCGUAUGAGAUCCGCUACCGUUCCAGCACCGCCUUGCCUAUCUUCAACCGCAAAGGCGACAUCUCCGUCUCGCGGACAUGGCUUUCUAGCGAAGCCUCAUCCACCACGGUGAUAGCCCGCGCAGACUUCCACGACAAAGGGCCGCUGCCGUACUGUCCGCGAGCCCGCUUCACGCUCGACAGCCCCGUCGAAGGCAAUCCCGCCACUACCAUCGAGAUGUCCUCCCCGAACUGGAAAAAUUGGAAGUUUUCUUAUGAAGCUGCGUCCUAUGUAUGGACGCUCCGCGACAUCCCCGCGUGCAUCGAGCUCUCGUCCGCGGAUUCCUACUCGGACACGGCACCGCCGGUCAUCGCGCGCUUUACGUACGGCAAGGUGGGGACGAAGGUGCUGGCGGGUGGGGAGGUUGGGCAGCUGGAGGUCUGGAGGGAUGCGUUGACGGAGAGUACUGUGGGGAGGGAGGUUGUGGUGUUGGGGUGUUUGGUUGUAGUGAAGUACUUUGUGGGGCUGGGGAGGCGGUAUAGGAAUGAUGGGAGUGGGGGGAGUGGUGCAGGGGCGUUGAUUAAUCCGAAGGGGGAUGAGCGCGCGAGGAAGAGGGGGAUGGGGAUGUUCUGAGUGGAUGAAGAUGAGAGGAGCGAGUCUUGGUAAUUGAUGAGUGUACUGUGUAUUGCCAUGGAUAAUGACCCGAUAGAGCUAGAGAUAUCUUCGGUUUGGCAGGUGUCGGCCACUCUGCGCGGUGACUUAGCAUCUAAAUCAGGGGUACCACAUACAUCGUCAAAGGAGCAUGCGAUGUGG